GAGCGCCUCCGUAACUGUUGGCCCUUCCCCCCACUGUACCCGGAAGUGGCCGCCGUUUCCUAGGAGGCGGUGGCACCAGGGGUCGAACCGGCCGAGAAGGCGAAGGCCACGCGCGGGAAGCCCCGCAGGGGAGGCCGAGGGUCCCGCCGGAGGAUCCGGAGUCCCUCCUACACACACACACACACACUUGAGGUCCUUGGGAAGGCCGAGGGUCCCAUCCCGGCGGGGUCGUCCCAACAAAAAAGGCCGCCCGAGGCCCCCGGAGGAGAAGGGGCGGUGAGGGGGGGACGACCAUGGAGUCCUGGGUGCGGUUCAGCGCCCAGAGCCAGGCCAAGGAGCGGGUCUUCAGGGCUGCCCAGUACGCCUGCACUCUGCUCGGCUACACCCUGCAAAAGAACGGGGCCAGCCCUGAUUUCCUGGCUAGGAUAAAGCAGCUGGAAUCGCACUUGAGUUUGGGACGGAAAUUGUUCCGGCUGGGGAACUCUGCAGAUGCCCUGGAAGCCGCCAAACGGGCCAUCCACCUGUCGGACAUGGUCCUCCGUUUCUGCAUCACGGUCAGCCACCUCAACCGAGCCAUGUACUUCGCCUGUGACAACGUCCUCUGGGCCGGCCGAUCGGGCCUUGUCCCCCACAUGGACCAGGAGAAGUGGAGCCAGCGCUCCUUCCGCUAUUACCUUUUUGCGCUGAUCCUGAACCUGAGCCGAGAUGCCUACGAGAUCCGGUUGCUGAUGGAGCGCGAGGCCAGCGGGAAGGGCGCCAAAGGGGGGGGUGGCGGAGACGGCGGCCCCGUGCCCGGCGGGGAGGACGGCCGGCUCCAGCAUCUGGCGCUGAGGCUGAGGCAGCAGCUCCGACUCCUGGCCCGGGUGCUCCGGGACAACCCCCCUCUGCUCCUGGACGUGGCCAAAAACGCCUGCGACGUUUUCAUCCCCUUGGACAAGCUGGGCCUCUACAGAACCAGCCCGGGCUUUGUGGGACUCUGCGGCCUCACGUCCUCCGUCCUCUCCAUCCUCGCCAUCGUCUAUCCGUGGCUGAAGCUCAAGCCUUAAAAGGAGCCGGGAGGAGCUGGCAGAGCGCGCGUGGAGUUGAGAGCCGCCGUGACAUGGCGGCACCGGCCGCGCAGCGAUCAUUCAGCCAGGGUGUGGGUUUUCCUGGAUCGUGGGGUUGUCUGCCCUUUUGGGUUUGGAGUGGGGCUACAGUUCGAUCUUGUAGGGAGGCCAGCAACGCGUCAAGACCUGGUGACCAAAAUUUUUUUGGCCCAUCUGGGAUGCAUCCACCCUCGGUAGGUAAUCGGCCCAUUUUGUCCCUGCUCACCUUCCGGUACCUUCUAACCUGUUCCCUCCCGUGUGCGCCUCUGCGGUUUGAACUCGCUCGGUUAAGGUUCAGCGUUUCUUGGAACCAUGGAGACACCUCUGUGCAGGAUACGAGGCGGAGGGCCCCACCAGUCCCUUCUCCCUGGGGGCCUCUUUGUCUCUCGACAGGCAGAGAGGGAGGAAUCUCCGUGCAACAAGAAGCAACCUUUCUCCUUUUUCAUUUGCCGAGCGCUGGGAGGCAGGAUGAGGGCCAAAAUGCCCACGGAUACAGAGACAGACUGGUUUGGGCCAAAGAAAUCGGCCUGUUGGGGGCGGGACUCUGUCCGACAGUGGUGAAGGGUAACGCUCUGCCCUUUGACCUCCACUGUGUUUGCAGCAGGACAAGCCACCCACCUCCCUCCAGCUUGACCCCUGUUUCUUUUCCCAGGGAAUUUUCUUUGGGGGGGAAAACGUUCAUAUCUGUCCCUUGACUUGGAUGCCCUUCCCUUUCUGCAAGCUGAAAGCGUCCCGGUCAGGGACCGAUGGGCUGUCUCAGUAAGAACCUGACGUACCAGGAAUUGGGGGGGGCACCCCUUGGAGUCUUGCUAUCCUGCAACUUUACUCCCCUCCUGUUUCUUCCCGCAAUCCAGCCACGGCCUCUCAUCCCUUUCGAAUGCCGAUUGACAGCUCCUGCUUCUUUUUGUCCCUCCAGACCCAGUCCCACUCCCCCGCCGCUGCCAAAUGUGGGUCGCCUUCCUCCCCUACCAUCCGAAGCACCUAACCCCCCAGGACCCAUAGAUGCCCCGUGGGCCCAUUUUUAGCCGAAGGGUGGCCACGUCCCCUCCCCUGCGCUGCCUCUCUCAGGACCUCACCCACGGCUGUCAAACAGGAUUAAAGAUUUGCUCUAAUAAAACUAAGUGCUCUCGGCA